UCUCAACACACACAUUGCUUUAGACAAGACUCAAGAAGCCUUGAUUCUGUGGUUCGACCUUCAACAUAUUUUUUGGAGCUUGCAGACACUUCACAGUCUUUGUGUAGUGUUGUCAUUCUGACCGAUACAUCAUCACCACGCCCAAAACGCACUGGUCCUUCGGGACAGAAGACCACAACAAAACAUGUAUCUCAUCAGGGUGCCGUGCUCCUCGGCCAAUAUUGGCCCUGGUUUCGAUGUCAUUGGACUCGCCUUGUCCAUGUACCUCGAACUGGCUGUAACCAUUGAUGCGUCAGCUGUUCCUGGAAACCCCAGCUCCCUCAAUUGCACUGUGAGCUACACGGGAGUUGGUGCUGAAGAUAUCGACUUAAAUCCGGAAAACAACCUUUUGACACGCACUGCUUUAUACGUCCUCCGCUGCCAUGGACAACACCACUUUCCGCAAUAUACUAGAGUUCACAUCCACAAUCCCAUUCCGCUAGGGCGUGGCCUCGGUUCGUCAGGCGCUGCAGUCGUUGCCGGAGUUCUUCUUGGCAACGUUGUUGGGAAUUUGAAUCUACCCAAAUCUCGCCUGCUUGAUUUCUGUCUGAUGGUCGAACGCCACCCUGACAACGUCGCGGCUGCUCUUUAUGGAGGAUUUGUCGGCACAUAUCUUAACGAGCUCGAUCCCGCAGACAUGGCGCGUAAGGAAGUCCCGCUAUCCGAGGUGCUCCCCCAACCCGCUGGCGGAGUCGAUACUGGUCUCACCCCUCCAAUUCCGCCUGAGAAUAUUGGUCAUUACCGACGGUUCGACUGGGCGCCGGAGAUCAAAGCCGUUGCCAUCAUUCCUCACUUUGAGGUUUCCACCGCCAAGGCCAGAGAAGUAUUGCCAAAGCAGUAUUCGAGACAAGACAUGAUCUUCAACCUCCAGCGCCUAGCCCUACUCACCACUGUCCUGUCUGACUCCCCACCCGAUCCAGACCUAAUCUACUCGGCGAUGCAGGACAAGAUUCAUCAGCCGUACCGAAAAACCUUGAUUCCCGCACUCCCUGCCAUCUUAUCGUCCAUGUCACCGAAGUCACACAAAGGUUUAUUGGGUAUCUGUCUCUCGGGUGCCGGGCCAACGAUAUUGGCCCUUGCCACGGAAAACUUCGAGACCAUCGCAGACGUCAUCAUGGCCAAGUUUGGCGAAGAAGGCAUCUCGUGUGAAUGGAAACUUCUCGAGCCUGCUCAAGAUGGUGCUACAGUACGGGAGGUACCGGGAGACGUGUCAUCAUACGUCAACAAUAUCAGCGUCAAUUAGACAACGACCGAACAGCCGUCGCUAUCAGGGCUGACGUUGUCUACAAUAUUGAGAUUUAGCCAAAAGAUUUAGACUUCACAACGGCAAUUGGAGCAAUACAUGCCCUAGUCCAGAAAUCACCAAGGAGCGUCAGAGAUGUGUUGACCACAUGACACUUCCAAGACGUCUUGGUGGAAUGAUGGUUACUCAUUGAGAUUGCUAUUGUCGGAAUACAUGCAUCAAUGAUCCUGGGCCCACCUAAGUGAACCAGAUUCAUACCUCGUGCCUGCUACUUCACAUGGACUUUUGGACCUCCCACUGCCAUAGCGCACAAUUCUAUGCUCCAUCCCAC